UUUCACACGCCGGCAGCAGCGCCAGCAACACAUCCGGGGUCUCCCCAUCAUCUUCUCCGUCACACCUACCAGCAGAGGAGAGGAGAGGGAUCUCUCCCUCCGCCUCCCCAUCCAUGGCGGCGCCGAGCUGGAUCCGGCUGCCGCGCGCCACCGUAAUCCUGCUCCUGCUCGCCCUCCACCUCUCCCUCUCCCUCGCCGCCCAGUUCGAGGGGUUCGACUCCGACGAGCUCCCCUCCGCCGCCGCCGCCGACGCCGCGUCCUCCGACGAUGACGACGAGGGGCUCGACCUCGACCUGCCGCCCCCUCCGCCCAUCACCGUCUCCGUCUCCGCCCCUUCCCCUCCCGUGACCACCACCACCACUGCCGCAAACCCUAACCUCACCCCCAACCCCACGGUCACGCCCCCGAAUCGCACUCCCUCGCUCGACUUCUGGGACGAGGACGAGUUCGAGGGCAUCCCCGUUCCGGAAGCGGCGGCCUCCGGCGACUCCUCCGCGCCGGCAGAGUCCGCCCCGUCAGAUCCCUCCGCCGAGGAAGCGGCCGAGGCGGCGCCGGCCGCGCCGAGGGGCCCCGCGGAGCUCAUCCGCGCGUUCGCCGUCGAGAUCGCGUGCGUCAGCUUCCUGAUCUGCUUCGUGCUCAACUACUUCACCGGGAAGCGGCAGAACGAGGCGAUCGCGCUGGCCUGGGCCACCAAGUUCGCCACCAGAGACUCCAUCUUCGACAAGAACUUCAGCCUCCUUGGCACCGGCGACGGGAAGGACACGCCGCUCCUGCUCAAGGAAGGGCAGGACGUGUUUAAGUUCUACGCCAGCGGCAGGCGCUUCUGCCAGGGGGUGCUCGCCACCAUGGAGAUGCGUGCGCGGCACGACCUGCUGUCCAAGCUGCUGGAGCUGGUCUUCCCCAGGAAGGACACCAUCACGUUCGAGGUGGUGAUGAACGAGGACGCCAUGGACCACGUGAUGGUGGCUGUGGCUAGGAAGAAGGCCGCCAAGGCGAUGCAGAAGGAAGAGAGGGAUCUGCAGAAGUUUGCCUCUGUUCUCGCUCCUGCACCCGCUGGGAAGAAGUGGGUUGCAGAUGAGCUUGCAGUAGUGGCCGAGUCAAAGGAGGUUGCUGGGGAUAUGAUCACCGAGGCUGUGCUGGAUCAGGUGCUUGGUGAGAAGGCUUUCGAGAAAAUGGGGAAGUGGUUCAUCUCACUUCAUUUUUCAGAUCAACUGGCAGGCUCUUACAAGAAAGUCCUCUCAUUCAAGUUUGUGCUGCCAGAUGCAAACAACAUGGCUGAUAUGACAAAAUUAGUUGCUCUUGUGCCAUUCUACAUUGAUUUGGUUGGACGCUACAAGCUGAGCUCACAUGCGCGCUCGAAAACAGAUGCUGCUAGGACAAAGGCCGCCCAGGAGGCUUUCAGGGAGCUUCAGGGUGUCAGGCAGGAAACCCUGCUGAGGAAAAAGGCCGAAAAGAAAAAACUCAUGGAAGAGGCAGAGGCCAAACUGAGCGCCGAGGUACUCCGGAAGAAAGAGGAGAAAGAGCGGAAUCGGCAGAUGAAGAAGGGGGCGCCCAAAGUUAAAAUGCUACGCUCUUAAUAACAUGAAGAAUCUGUCAUAGUUAUUGGCUUUCGCUGUUCACUUGCUGAUUAGCCUAUCUGUAGUUCAGCAUCGGCUAGACUCUUUUAUGUUGAAAAUUUUCCAUCAGCCUCCCUGGUAUGAGAAUCAAGCGAAAGUAAGAGAAAGAAAUGCUGACAAGAUGCCCGGUGAAAGUGUUUUCGUCGCAGGUUGGUUCAGUCUAUCUGAUUCGGGUACACAGCAGCUCAUUUGUAAGGAAAAAAAACUCAAGAAGACGCUUCCCUGAUUUGCUGUGUAAUAUGUUGAUAGAUCUGUGGUCAGAAACUACACUUGGAUUACAUGGUUUCAUGUUUAAGCAGCCGGCUUGCUUGCUGUUAGCCUGUUAA